GGCUCGCAUCUAUAACUACUUGUGUGCUUUCUAGACUUAUGUUGUUCAACUCGACAUGCCAGUCUUAUCCGGGCUAUAUAUCUAUGGUCUCUUCUCUGGUGGCUCAUGUUGACCCUCUCUCAGUGAACUACAAUCCAACUUGCAAAGACGUCGGGUUUUCCUGAGGUUGCCAAUCUAUGAUUUUGUUAUCUGCGGUACAUGGGAACGCACGUGUCGUAUCCCCACCUAUCGGGCAUAUAGAUGCUCAGCCAGCAAGCGCCCCAGCAGCAACGCAUCCACACAUAGGCAGCUCAUGAUCACCAUCAAUAUUUUUCUGGGCCUUACUAUCGUCUUGCGGGAUGUCUGCCUGCAGUGGGAGAGCUCAGCUGUUCCCCCCUGCGCUGCCUCGCCCGCCGCUUCAUACUGGCAAGAGGUGUCACGGCCCCCGGGCGCCCUGCCUAUAUGCUUGUAGGGACCCACGACCAGGCCUUUUCCACCUCACUCUGCUCUAUCAUUACUCGGGUCACCCCCAUCGUUUGCACCGGAUUGGAUGCUCCGAUGACGGUAAUUUUUGCCUGCCAGGAAAACCCUACACGUGUGACGGUGGUGGCUGCAUCAUGAAAUGCAUGAACCACAUAGCUAUGAAGUUGAGCACACUUAAUAAUUCUAGGCUCAUUCCGUGGAGUACAUAAGGAGUUAGGACUCAAAGUUUGUGCACCUUGGGAACAACGUUGGUCCUUGGACUACGCGAUGCUCGGCAACGCGGAUUCGGAUUCGGUCGACAUCCCCCCACUGCACUUCGCUAC